CUCUUCAACUAUUCUUUCUUUCUUUUCAAAGUUAAUUGCAAGGUUCUUCAAACCAGCAUUUGUGUCUAUCAUGAUGAAGAAACUUGCAUGGUCAAUAGUGGUUACCUUUCUGUUCCACCUCUUAGCACCUGUUGGUUCCUUGGUGCUCUUGCCAUGCCAGCCUAUGGGCUGCCCAGAACAACUCUAUGCAAACUCCACUUGCUUGUACAUCAUGAACCAACCUGCUGGACGACAACUGCUCUCAGGAGGUGAGAUGCUAGAGCACCAGGGUUUUGCCAAAGGUAACAUUACCUUGGUUCCAUUGUCCCACCCAGGUUUCUGCUUUGUGGACAUCGAGAGCCGAUCCUUCCUGGAGGUCUCAUGUGCUAGCUAUGAUUCAUUCCGGGUGACACUUUAUGAGGAGAAGCUGUGGUUUCUUAGGAAGAGAGGGCUGACACAGAAAGAGAAGGAAGAAUUUUUGGGAAGACUGCAAGGCCAUGCUUGCUGGGAAGUAUCAGCCCCACAGCAAACAACCGUCGGGCAAUCUUGAACAGAUGAAAAUUUUUCUUAUUAGCUUCCACUGUGUAUGGGUAUUGUUGAUUUCUUUAGUUUCCUCCUAUCCGGUGUAUGGUGCUCAGAUAAUAAUUUGGUACCCCUUUGCUUUUGCGGACUUUGCCCUUUUUUUAUUUUUUAUUUCAAGUAAAUGUAUUAUUGUAUAUAUAUACUUUCUUGAUAUGAAGAAAGGUUUAUGAGAAA